UCCGCCCUUUCGCAGAAGCGAAUUUGCCUGCAGUUUUUAUAAACAGUUAAGAAAAAAGUAAUCAGCACCUAAAUGGAAAAUGAAGACGGAAAGUCUCACUAUUAUAUUAAUCUUGUUCAAGUUCGUCAAUAACUCUGAUGGGUGGCUGUUGGUGACGGGUGCAGAUGAGCCUGUCUAUGCACAUGUUGGAGAGGAUGUGACUCUCAGCUGCUCUGUGGACACCCAUGUUAAUGUGGCAGAGAUUCAGGUGGAAUGGAUAAAGACAGACGAUGACGGUGACAUCAUGGUGCUUCUGUUCGCUGAUGGAGAGAACAGACCAGAGUCACAGGAUGGGAGAUACUCUGGAAGAGCUGAAUUCUUCACUGAGGAAAUUCCCAAAGGAAACUUCUCAAUGAAACUGAGGAAAGUCAGGCUGGAAGACAAAGGAGAGUUCAGGUGUGAAGUCCACUCAGAUACUGAUUCUGCCAAUACAACUGCCAGGAUAGCAGCACUGGGUUAUUCAUCCCUGCAUUGGCUGAUUCUGGGGCUGUGCAUCGCUGUCACACCUGUAGUCCUACUUAGUGGUGCCUUCUCUGUCUGGCAUUGUAUAAUGGAAGAUAAACGCAAACAGGCUCUGCUGAGUCACUGUUCACAUGUCACAGUUCCGCCAAUCAUGGUGUCCGCAGCGUUCAUCCUGUGGGGUGUAACUGAAGGAUCUGCAGGAGAGGCUGUUACUUGUGUUGUCAUCAGUCUGUUGAACAUCCUGCUGCUAUUUAUUAUGGCUCCAUAUGUGGUCUCAACAGAAGCAAUUGGGGAGAUGAAAUACGUGACUGUGUCUUUAGGAAACAUCUUCGUUAUCACAGUUGUAUGUGUAGGUUCUCUCAUCGAGUUUUCAACAAAAUAUUCACCAACUACAACUGACACAGCACUGUUUGGAUUCACUUUGGGUGGCAUCAUACUUGUGUUCAUCAUUUUUGUUAUAAUUCGAAUUAUCCGCUAUGUGCGUCAGGGACUUGGUACCAAAAUGGAAAUACGUGGCACCAUAGCAAAAAUAACUGGAAUUAUAAUUCUCAUCAUCAUGGUUGUAUCCAUAGGUGCUGUCAUUUUUAUCCUGGCAAAAAAUCACUCAGCUAGGAAAGAACAAUUUGGAACAUUUUUAUAUAUGUUAAUGAUUCCUAUCUGCAUGAUUUUAUUCCCAAUUAUCAUGAGUGUAUUUUGGAUAUUACUUUCCCUAAAGACAACUGGGGAAUUAGGACUCAGAGACAUUCUUAAAAUCUGGGCAUAUUUCAUCUAUAAUCGCAAACUGUUUAACAUACUGAUCCUUGCUAUUUAUACCCAACUCUUUGCCUGGAUGCAAAACACAUUCAUUUUAGGAUAUUCAAUUCCGAUUGCAGUAGCUGCUUUGGGAAUCUGUGCCUGCAUUUCUGUCAAGUAUUUUUUCUGGUAUCUUGUCGUACUUAAGCGCGUUAACACGUCCUUGAAGGGGAUUUACUAUUUUGCUCAGAAAAUCCUUCUGGGGAUUUUCUUCCUACUUCACCUGAUAUUAAGUUUCUUGUAUCUAAGUGUGAUUAUAGAAAAUGACAGAGGACGACCUGUAAAGAUGUGCGAGUUUGUGUUCAUCAACAUUCUAACUCUUACAUCGUGUUUUCAAGACUGGAAACGGGAGAAAUCUGUUGCCAAACCACGUAAAUUUCUAUAUUUCUCAGGGACUUUUGCUCUCCCUCUCCUGAAUUCUGUUGCCCUGGCUGUAGCAUUAAAACUCAAAGCAGACACAGGAAAACAGCCACUGGAUCUACGGCUGAUUGUCCUGAUUUCUGGGUCUGUCUUCCUCUUUGGCUGGUUUGUUAUACAGAUCUCUGCAUACUGGUUGGAGAAAAAGACAACAAGAAUAAAAGAAGAAUUCGCCCAUCUUCGGAGACCCAAAAAUUCUAAGCGUGACCAGGGAUCACAUGACAAUGAGGAGACUGUUGCAUUGUCCCCCACCGUUGCCAAUGGACCAAACACAGAGGAGGGAUCACAUCAGAAUCAGGAGGUGGAGGCAUCAUCACCUGCUGAUCACAAUGAACCAAACCCAGAGGAGGUAUUACUGGGGGAGAAGAACACAGAAGGCUGAAGGAUCUAUAGAGUUUUAUUCUAUAUUGUUUUUCUACGGUCUCAAGUUUUCCAGAUCUUGUUGGAUCACCAAAUUCCUGGGUUAGCGGUCACCAGAUUAUGGAGGAUCUGUUACAAUCCAUUUUAUCUAAGGAGUUGAGCCACUUUGCUGGGUAGCAGAUAAGCUUUUCUAGGACCAGCUGCACAUGCAUAUAAGCUGAUGUUCAUCUACAGAGCAGCACCCUGGGAAGGACCAUUAUGCUGUAUCUAUAGUCAGUCACCUGAGGAUAAAGUCACCUGUGAAGAUCAAUACAGGGUCCUUCAUGUCAUCCUGUUUCUUCUGAACUGAACUCUGUAUUAUGCUGUUGUUACAUGGAACUUUUCACCAUUUUAUAUCUGCCUCAGAAUAUCUGUUUACCACACAAGCUUAUAUAGUUCAUUUCAAGAGACGUUGUUUACUUAUUUUAAGGACAGCCUUCUAAAAGCAUUUCUAUGCAGAUAUUUAAAUAUGAUGAUUAUCUGACUCACCUUUGCAGUGUUGUUUGCACUGUUCAAAUGUACAGUGUUAUUACCAGUAUUCUGAGUAAAUCCAGAAACCUUAAGUAUUUGUGUAUCAUAUGAUGAUUAUAUGACUUACCUUUCCAGUGUUGUUUGCAGUGUUGAAAUGUACAGUGUUAUUACCAAUAUUCUGAAUAAAUCCUCCCUGCUCACA